GCUGCAGUUUGUUUUAGUCAGAAACUAUUGACUUACUGAUAAUAACGACAUCGCUAGCUACGGUAAUCGUAUCCAGCUGGUGCCCGAAGCACAAAAAGAUGAGUUUUCUACCGCUCGCUUCCGGGAAACGCGUUCCCAGCCCUUGUGCUUCUGCGGGAUCUCAGUCUCCGCCAAACGUACCGCCACCGUCUCCUGAUAUGGCGCGACCGACCCCACAAUUUCUUCGUGGAGGUGAUGGAUCGCCUGGAAAUGCCGGAUUACAGAGGACGGUGGAGGUUGUCCACGACGAGGCUUGGGAGGGACCUCCAACAGCGCAGAGUGCUGCGGGCGCAGGUGACGCGAAACCGGUUCUUCGUGGCAACGAAUUGAAGGGGGUACUGCGAAUCCAGGAUGAUGAACAUCAUUGUGACUGGGCUGAGCGACGUAUCAGAUCGCUGUCAAUGUCAAUCUUAGGUUUGCUGUUCGUCCUCAUCGCACAAGGUACAAUUUUGGCUAUCGUUGUCGACAAGGUGUACAAUCCAACGAUGGCAACAACCGCGAUUCAAUUCAAAUCCGACAAUUAAGUUCCGAAAAACUUCUUAUUUCUGCAAACAGACAGGGUUCUAUUAACGCCAUAGAAAGCUGUACAUAAAUGUUCCUUCGGUUCGGUUAUAACGGUUGAAUAAAGUUGGGCGAUAA